GAGUCCCCGAGGCCCUGCGCCGGGCGCCUGGCCGAAGGGUCGCCUCUCCGGGCGUCCUUCUCCUGGCCUCAGUGCCCCGGACCUGGCUCGGUGGGACCGUCUCCGGACGCUCAGGGAAGCUCUCGGCCGGCCGCAGCCAUGAGUUCGACUCCAGGGCUGCCCACUCCCGGGGCCUCGCUGGCCCUGCGGGUGUCCUUCGUGGACGUUCAUCCCGAGGUGAUCCCGGUGCAGCUGUGGGGGCUGGUGGGUCAGCGGCGGGAGGAGUACGUGCGGCUGAGCCGGGAGAUCCAGGAGGCGGCAGCCACGCGCGGUCCCUGGGCUCUGGGUGGGGCGUCGGCAUCACCGGGGGAGCUGUGCCUGGUGCAGGUGGGGCUUAUGUGGCACCGCUGCCGCGUGGUCAGUCGCCAGGCGCAAGACAGCCGCGUCUUCCUGCUGGAUGAGGGCCGCACCAUUACGGCGGGCGCGGGCUCGUUGGCACCAGGGCGCAGCGAGUUCUUCCAUCUGCCCUCCGAGGUGCUAGGCUGUGUGCUAGCCGGCCUGGUGCCCGCGGGCGGCGGUGGCACCGGCGGUGGUGAACCCCAGCACUGGUCCCCCAGCGCCGUGGACUUCCUUAGCAACCUGCAGGGUAAGGAGGUGCACGGACGGGUCCUGGACGUGUUGCUCCUCCAUCGCCUGGUGCUGCUGGAAGUGCCCGUUGUGUCUCAGCAGAUGGAGGAGCUGGGUCUGGCCCGGCAGGUGCCCGACAGCCUCUUCUGUUCCCUGCUCAAACGCUAUUUGACUGCGGCUGGGCUGGGUAGCUCUGGGGCUCCAGUUCUCCCGCGAGCCGCGCCCAAACAAGAGCAUCCUGGGCUGGAUUAUUUUUAUCCCCAACUGCAGCUGGGAGUGACGGAGCCGGUGGUGGUAACCCAAGUGUGCCAUCCCCACCGAAUUCACUGCCAACUCCGGAGCCUCUCGCAGGAGAUCCACCGUCUCUCUGAGAACAUGGCCCAGGUAUACCGGGCGCCCACGGGGACAGAGGAUGAGGACUCUGGCAGUGCCACCUGGGAGGAGAAGGAGGAGAGCCCUGACAAGCCAGGGUCUCCAUGUGCUUCCUGUGGCUUGGACGGACAGUGGUACCGGGCUCUCUUGCUUGAGACCUUCAGGCCUCAGCGCUGUGCCCAGGUGCUUCACGUCGACUACGGAAGAAAAGAACUAGUAAGCUGCAGCAGCCUUCGCUAUUUGCUGCCUGAGUAUUUUCGAAUGCCUGUGGUGACUUACCCUUGUGCAUUGUAUGGACUCUGGGACUGCGGAAGAGGCUGGUCCCGGUCACAAGUAGGUGAUCUGAAAGCUCUGAUCCUGGGCCAAGCAGUGAAUGCAAAGAUUGAAUUUUACUGUUCCUUUGAGCAUAUGUAUUAUGUCACCCUGUACGGGGAAGAUGGAAUUAAUCUCAACAGUGCGUUCGGAGUACAAUCCUGUUGCCUGGCUGACCGGUUUCUUCAGAGCCAGGGGAUAGAGGAGGAAGAGGAUGAGGAUGAGGACGAAGUGGAGGCAGCGUUUCAGUCUCAGUCCCCCACUGAGGAAAUGGAGGAGGAAGUUUCCCUCCCAUCCUUGAGAUCCAUCAGGUUGAAGAUGAAUACCUUCUACGACGCCCAGGUGGAGUUCGUGAAGAGCCCUUCGGAGUUCUGGAUUCGCCUUAGAAAGCACAAUAACACCUUCACCAAGCUGACCAAGAGAAUGUGCAGUUUCUAUUCUUCUGCCAGUAAGCUGGACGGGGUUAUCUUGAAACCAGAACCGGAUGACCUUUGCUGUGUAAAAUGGAAAGAAAACGGUUAUUACCGGGCCAUGGUCACCCGAUUAGACAGCAAGAGUGUGGAUGUGUUCCUGGUGGACCGGGGCAACUCUGAGAACGUCGACUGGUGUGACGUGAGGAUGCUGCUGCCGCAAUUUAGACGGCUACCGAUACUGGCUCUGAAGUGCACCCUGGCUGACAUCUGGCCCCUGGGGAAAGCCUGGAGCCAGGAAGCAAUUUCGUUUUUUAAAAAGACGGUACUCCACAAAGAAUUGGUGGUCCACAUUCUUGAUAAGCAGGAUCGCCAAUAUGUCAUAGAGAUCCUGGAUGAAUCCAGAACAGGGGAGGAAAACAUUAGUAAGGUCAUUGCUCAAGCUGGAUAUGCCAAGUUCCAGGAAUUUGAAACCAAAGAAAACAUCAGACUCAGUGCCCACUCCCCUGGGCAUGUUUCGGGUCAUUUUAUUUCAGAGUCUAGCAAAAUACCUUCUGUCAAGAAGGUAGAAGGAGACCAGAAAGCCAAGAAAGACAAUAAAACCCUCUCUGUUUCGGAAGCUUUGGCCGACACAGUAAGCCUUUCGAACAUUCCCACCGGACAGACGGCACAGGACAAAGAGAAGGUAAUGUCUGACCCAUCUCUCCUCAUGCUGAAUUUCUUGAAAACGAAACCAGACUGCUGUGGUAAAGGGGAAUUGGAGGUGGGCAGCACUGUUGAAGUCAAGGUGUCUCACAUCGAAAACCCUGGCUCCUUCUGGUGUCAGCUGAUGAGGAACGCGCAAGGUUUCAGAACCCUGAUGUGUGACAUCGAGGACUAUUGCAAAAGUGAGCCAUCUCCCUAUGAGGGGGACACGCGUGCUUGUCUGGCAAAGCGAACAGCAAAUGGGAGAUGGUCCAGAGCUGUGAUUAGCGGGGCCCAGUCUUUAGAACAUGUCAGAGUGGUGUUUGUGGAUUAUGGAGACAAAGACGUGGUGUCUAUGAAGGACAUACUCUCAGUCAGUGAUGUGUUUUUCAAGGUUAGAGCUCAGGCCUUCAGGUGCAGUCUUUAUAAUUUAAUUCAACCAACUGGUGAAAAUCCCUUUGUCUGGGAUGAAAAGGCGGUACAGGCUUUUAGUGGGUUUAUCGAUAACGCUUGGCAGAAUAACUUAGAAUUAAAAUGCACAAUCUUUGCUUUGGCAUCAAGGUAUGAGGAAGAGUGGUUCAAUGUUGUGGACUUGCUAACGCCCUUUCAGAGUGCCUGCCAUUUUCUGGUAGAAAAGAGGCUUGCUAGGCCUGUAAAACUUCAGAAGCCCCUGGAGCCUUCUGUUCAGCUACAUUCUUACUACUACUCCACCCAUGACUUAAAAAUCGGAAGUGAAGAAUUGGUGUACAUAACGCACGCUGAUGACCCCUGGACAUUUUAUUGCCAACUCGCAAGAAACACAAACAUUUUAGAACAAUUAUCGUACAACAUUAUGCAGCUAAGUAAAUCUUUACUGAAUUUAAAAGCCUCCACCUUGGUCCCUGGAACCUUGUGCCUUGCCAAGUAUACGGACGGAAACUGGUAUAGGGGAAUAAUAAUAGAAAAAGAACCAAGUAAAGUCUUUUUUGUUGAUUUUGGGAACACAUACGUAGCCAGCGAUCAUCUGCUCCCCAUCCCCCGAGAUGCCUAUGACGUUCUACUUUUACCCAUGCAAGCCGUGAAAUGCUCAUUAUCUGACAUCCCUCACCAUAUCCCGGAAGAAGUCACAGCCUGGUUUCAGGAGACUGUUUUAGAUAAGUCACUGAAGGCAUUAGUCGUAGCAAAAGACCCAGAUGGAAGACUGAUUAUAGAGCUGUAUGACGAGAGUGUCCAGAUCAAUGCCAGCAUUAACGAGAAGCUCGGGCUCCUUGGUUACAAAAACAGAACAAGAAAAAAAGACAGAGAAAAUGAAGUAAUACUCCACGAGACCGAAGCUCUUGAAGGUAAAAAGGAGAGCGUGAAGCCAUUACCCACAGACUAUUUGGGUAAAUCAGGAGAGAGCAAAGCACACAGUGCAGAGAUUAUGGGUGAAUCAUGCAAACCCAAGAUCAGCCCAGCAUGCAAGGAGCUCAAAUAUUUACAAGGCUCAGCAAAGGCCAACCUAGUCACACCGUAUCAGGACUCCACAGGAAACAAAAGUGAUGGAGGGUUUCCAUUAACAAGGGAGAAGAAAGAAGACAUGUUUGCCAACUCACCCAUGAGUGUCUCCAAAUUAGAUUCCGCUCUUCCUGAGAGAAGAAUGGGAGAAGCCAGCGGUAGAGAUCUGCCUCCCAAGUUCUGUGAAUUCCCACAAAAGACAAUAGCUCCUGGCUUUAAGACCUCUGUGUAUGUUUCUCAUAUUAACGACCUUUCAGAUUUCUACAUCCAGCUGAUAGAAGACGAAGCUGAGAUCAAUCGUCUUUCAGAGAGACUGAAUGACAUCAGAACGCGGCCCCAAUACCACGCAGGUCCACCGUGGCAAAGCGGAGACGUGAUAUGCGCCGUCUUCCCGGAGGAUAACUUAUGGUACCGAGCAGUGGUCCUGGAACAGCAGCCCAACGACCUUCUGUCUGUACAGUUUAUCGAUUAUGGCAACAUGUCUGUAGUUCACACUAACAGAACCGGUCGGCUUGGCCCCAUUGAUGCGGUGUUACCUGCACUGUGCUUCCACUGCUGCCUAAGGGGGCUUUUGGUACCUGAGGUCGUAAGUUGUAAGGAAAUGGUGAGCUACUUUUCUCAAAGGACAGAAGAGGCUCAGAUAAGAUGCGAAUUUGUUAAAUUCCAAGGCACCUGGGAAGUGAUUCUCACAGAUGAACAUGGAAUCAUAGCUGAAGAUAUGAUGAACAGGUUUGCAUUCAAUGAAAAAUCUCAAGCGGGGCUUACCACCCAAACCAUGAAAGGAGACUGUUCAAAGACAGCUAACAAACCCAAUAUUGAUACUUCAGUGUUUCUUAACUGGUAUAACCCCAAAGCAAAACUGAUUAAAGCCUACGCCACCGUGAUAGAUGGGCCCGAGUACUUCUGGUGUCAGUUUGCCGAUUCCGAGAAGCUGCAGUAUCUAGAAACCGAGGUUCAAAGUGCAGCCAAGCAGCUGGUAGACAGGAAAAGCUGCACCCAGUGUCCGCAAAUUGGAGAUCCGUGCAUCGUGAGGUACAGAGAAGAUGGGCAUUACUAUAGAGCCCUCAUCACUAAUAUCAGUGACGAUCACCUUGCAUCGGUCAGGCUUGUGGACUUUGGGAACAUGGAAGAUUGUGUGGACACCAAAGCACUCUGGAGCAUCCCUUCGGAGCUCCUACGGAUUCCCAUGCAAGCGUUUCCAUGCUGCCUUUCUGGAUUCGCGGUCUCUGGCGGUAUGUGCCCUCAAGAGGGAAAUGAUUAUUUUUAUGACAUCAUCACAGAGGACAUGUUGGAAAUAACAAUCUUGGAGAUUAAAAGAGACGUUUGCGACAUCCCCUUAGCCGUCGUGGAGCUAAGGAGCAAAGGCGAGAACAUUAACGAGAAGAUGAAGAAGUAUGCAAAAGUGGGCACGCCCAAGAGUGACCUGUACUGUGAGAAGCAUGGCUCAGAGAGAAAGGGAGGCCUUACCAGUCCUGACCUCGGCCUCCAGAAGCCAAGUCAUAAAAUAGCCCACGAUAAGACAUUCUACAUGGAAGCCCGGGCAAGUGAGUUCUCAGAAAGACUUGAAAAAAAUUUAAACAUUGAAACCAAGCCAAAUAAAUUCUAUGAACGCAGCACCCGGAACAUCUUCGACACUUUUGAGAACUCAUGCAAAGGUAAAAUGGGUUCUGAGAGGCUGGAAGGUAACAUGGAUUACCAUUUCGUGGACAGAGUCAAGUACGAUGAGAACUAUCUCAUUCCAGGAUUUAACUCGAUAUUGGCCCACGCUAGUGAGCCAAAGGAGUUACUGGAACUGAAUUCACUAGAGGUACCACUCUCCCCCGACGACGACGAAUGCAAAGAAUUCUUAGAACUGGAAUCCAUUGAGUUACAGCAUUCCCCUGCUGGGGAGGAAGAGAAAGAAGAGCUAGGCCUGGGGUCUCCAAUGGCACCGCUGUCCCCAGGCUGCCAGGCAGGAGCCACCCUGGGGCCCUUCAUGAUGCAGCUUCCCCUGGACUGCGAGGCCGCCGAGAAGCAGCUGGAGCUGGAGCUCCCCACACCCCAGCUGUCUUUGGAUGACAGCAUAAGCCCUUUAUCCGCAACUGUCAGCCAGAGCAUCCAGGAAUCCAGGUACGCGGAGGAUGAGAGGAAGUCCAGCUGCACAGCCUCUUCUGACGACGACAACAGCAUGUCGUCUCCACUCCCCCACCACGGGAAGGGUGGCAGUUCCCCGGCACGCGACGAAACGAACCUGUCUGAAGGGGAGUUUCCACGGUUUGAAAACAGAGACAGCACCACCUUAUUGACACCUUUGUUCUCUGAGGAAGAAGCCAGAGAAGGAAGGAAGUGCGGGAGCGCCGUACCAGCAGUUCAGCUACAGAACACCUACACUCUGAAAGGCUUCUCUGUUGGGUCGAAAUGUGUCGUAUGGUCAAGCCUAAGAAACACAUGGUCUAAGUGCGAGAUUCUGGAACUUGCAGAAGAAGGAACAAGGGUUUUGAACCUUUCAAAUGGUGUGGAGGAGACAGUAAGCCCCGAGAAUGUCUGGAAUGGUAUUCCCAAGGUAGAUAUGAGACCCUCUGAGGCUGUAUUCCAAACAGUGGGAAAGGACCUUCUUCCCUUCAUGUCAUCGGAUGACACCAUCAUCAAAGGUUUUUCUUCUGUUUCAGAGGAGGAGUGUGGAGGUGACGCAGAUUCGACUGCGGCCAAGCUGAACGUAUAGACGCGGCCAAUCAGAAGCUGCCUUUAACAAUCACGUGCUACCCAGACCAAACUUGCUGGAGGAAACGUAAAGCACGUGACCCCGGAAGUUUUCCUUUGGGGGACAAAUUGAUGUGUGGUGGAAGCAUUGGUCUUAGGUUGACACAACAGCCUGUUUAUUGCUAUUUAGAGGCAUCUGGCCUUGUUCCUCAGUCUAUAGCUUUCUCAUGUUUCUUCUCAGCCAGGAUAAUUUAUUUUGCUAAACAAUUUGCUAACAUAUUGCUAUAUUCCUAAAAGUGCUAUCUUUUCAAUAGAUUGUUUGUAGUAAAAUGGAAACUUCCAGGUUCUCAAUGAGAAUGAUAGGAUGCUGCCAAGUGCCACGGCUUUGUUAGCAAGACUGUCAGAAGCCCUGUUUUUCUUUUGCCAUGUGUGUCUACUGAAAUAGGUGGCUACUGCUCUGUUUGAACCUGGAACGCAACAAAUGCAACCCAAGAUUUGAAUAAAGUUUAUCCUUAAAGCUGUGGUGGCCUCAUCUGUUCUUCUGUCUCUCCUCUGUAACUGAGAAACAGGGAACCUUGGUGCUAGGAAAAUCUAGUCCUGAGCCUGCAUUUAAUUAAGCACAUGCCUUUAAUCCCAGCAAUCAGGAGACAGA